CGCGUGCAGAACCAGUAGGUUAUCGGUGCCACUCGAAUUUCCGUUUAUAUCACCGUUGUUUUGUCUUGAUUGAAUAUAAUUCAUUCAUUUUGGAUUGCACUUGCUGUUUUCUGAAAAAUGGGAGAUUUCUCAGCUGACAGCAUCACUGAAGAGAUGCUCAGAGAGGCACAUGAAACUGUCAGAUGUAGCCCGCUGGAUGUCAUCCGUACUCCGAUGAUCCCAUGGUGCCAAACCACACUGCCACUCAACAUCUCUGGCCAGAUUCACAUCAAACUGGAGAACAUGCAGAGGACGGGUUCAUUUAAGAUAAGAGGUGUUGCCAACCAGUUUGCCAGAAGACCGAAAGGGGGUCAUUUUGUGACCAUGUCUGCUGGGAAUUAUGGGAAGACAUUUGCAUAUGCCUGUAAGCAUUAUAGAUCAAAAGGCAAAGUGGUGAUGCCCGAAACUGCUCCCAUCUCUAGAUCUGCGCUCAUACAAAGGUUAGGAGUUGAGGUUGAAAGAGUGCCAACUCCACGUCUCAUGGAUGUUGUUAACCGAUGUGUUCAAGAGGACGGCAUGACUUUCUUGCAUUCAUAUGAUGACCCCGAUCUUAUAGCAGGCCAUGCCAGCUUAGGUUUUGAGAUUCUGGACGUUAUAGCACAUCCAGAUGUAGUUGUUGUCUGUUGUGGUGGAGGUGGGCUACUGGCUGGUGUGGCAGCUGCCAUCAAAUUGUCUGGAUGUGAGAAUACAAGAAUUUAUGGAGUGGAGCCAGAAGGAGCAUGUACAAUGUACAAGAGCUUCAUUGAGAAAAAGCCUGUCGGAAUGGAUGCCAAAAGCAUUGCUUCAGGGCUAGCACCACCAUUCGCUGGUGUGUUGCCAUAUGAGCUGUGUCAGAGAUACGUGGAAGAAAUCGUGCUGGUAACUGAUGAAGAGAUCAAAUCUGCUGUUUCUACUCUAUAUACGGCCGGCCUUGUUGUUGAACCAUCAGGCACUGCAGCCUUUGCUGCCAUAGUAAAUAACAGAAUACCAGACAUCGACGACAAGAAUGUUGUGGUCAUCGUUAGUGGAGGAAACAUUGGCAAAGAUGAGCUUAGCAACUUUCCUGAUUAAGUUAGUUUAACUUAACUCAAACAAACUUUAUUUUUUACUCAAAAAUUAGAAAUGUCAUCUACUCAACACCAUGUCAUUUCAAUGCUGUUUAUGUCUAUGGGGCUGUCAAGCACCAAAAAGAACAACGCCGUUAAACGUGACAUACUGUAUAAUCUCAAAUGUGCCAAAGUGCAAAUCAACGCUAUGGACAAAUGAAAUUUUAGUCAUGUAUUGUAGAACUUCAAGUCAUUAAACUACAUAAAUGUUAUUAUUUCUUUUAUGGAGUUUGGCAGCCCUAGUCCUCAUUCACUCUUAUUGUAUAAAAGAGUAGCCUGAACAUUAUGCUGUAUUCUUAUGUUUUGAACAACAUAAUGGUAGCUUGUAUUUUCAUGAUUGUCAUUUAGUUAAAUUGAUGUUUAUGUUCCUCAAGAGUCUUAAUAACUUUUGACUGGUGUUUUUAUAAAUCUUCUUGUAUGGGCA